AUGAGCGCAAUGGAAGUAGAUUCAGAUGUGUCAACAGUUUUGGCCACAUUGAGACUGGAAACCGAGAACGGUGACUUGAUCAACUUAUUCUAUGAAUUGGAAGACUACUAUGAAAGAAAGUUGUGGCAUCAAUUGACGUUAUCGCUAGAGGAAUUCUAUAGGAGUAAGGCUUCUGCCGGUACAUCUGUUCGUACCAGAAUCUACGACUUGUUUGUAUCUCAAUUUUCACUGAAAUUGAACCAGAUUCAGGUGGUUGAUUUCCUCUUGGCUUCGUUGGAAGAUCUUGACUUGACUAAGGAGGAGAACGUCGAGGUUGGGAUCGAGAAGUUGACAGAAUUACAACAAAACAUAAGAACAAACUACUUGAAGACGAACUCAAAUCUGCACCAGGUGGAAGAUUUGGAAAAACUGAUCGAGGAUGACGAAGCUGUGGUGUACGUUGCAUUACAGUUGGCCAGAUUCUAUCUCUACUCCAACCAGAGGGAAACCCAGUUGAAGGCAUCUGACGAAAUCUUGGACUCUCUUAACAAGAAGUUCGAAUCAAGCUACGAGAAGGUUGAAUUCCAAGCCAAGGUGAAUGCAGCAUAUUACUUGACCAAUUGUCAGUUGUACAAGAUCCGUGAAGACUACAACCAUUAUUAUUCCAAUGGAUUGCUCUACCUUUCGGCCAUAGCUACGGUGAACAAAAGCGCCAACCAAACUCUCGACAUAGUAGAACAACAGAGAUUAUGUUACGACUUGGCCAUCUCUGCCCUCUUGGGAGAUAAGAUAUAUAACUUCGGUGAGUUGAUCCUUCACGACAUCUUGAAGCUGUUACAAGGAUCCCAAUGGGAAUGGUUAUACAACUUAAUUCAGUUCUUAAACGCUGGAAACUUGGAAGGGUUCCUGAAGUGGUUGGCCGUGGGGAAGGAUAAGGCGCCAAUUUUGGAAGCGCACGAAGUCUUCUUACAGCAAAAGAUCAUUAUAAUGUCACUUUUGGAGUUGAUCUCCUUGAAACCAGCUACGAACAAGGUUUUACAAUUCAAGGAAAUAUCUGACUUCACCGGUGCUCCAUUGAACGACGUUGAGCAUUUGAUUAUUAAAUGCUUCCUGUUGGGUUUGAUUAAGGGCUACAUCAACCAAAUUGAAAGCUCCUUGAUUGUCACAUGGUUACAGCCAAGAAUCUUGAACCUCGAUCAAGUAAAGGUGUUAUACGAUCACUUGAACAAGUGGGACAGCGGUGUUGAAAAAUUAGGGAAUGAGAUGUUACAAAAUGGAGGAUCUAUCUGGGCUGCGAAUUAA